AUGGAAUUCAAAUUGAAAAUAUCUAAUAUUAUGAUUACUAAUUUUUAAGAAUUUGUCAACAAUUCUCAACCUAUCCUUGACGCUCUUAGAGAUCUUAACAUAUUCGACAAAAACAAUGAAUUCUAAUCCCAACAGUCAAUUUCUAUUCGUCUUAAGUCCUUCUUUGAAAACGCACAAACUAAAAAAUAAUUCUUAAAGUCUUUAUUUAAAAUCUUUGAAAGAGAGAGUCAAAAGGAAGGGAACUUCUAAAUUAAAUUAAAACUUCUACUUUUGCUUCACCUAAUUUUAAGUUCAUAAGUAGCUCGAGCGGAAUUAUCUAAAAUUUUAAUAUCAAAACAAAUUAAUAUUCAAAUCAACAAUACUACUUUAGGAAAAGUGUGUCAACAAUAUUACUUUUAUCUUUAUAAGCUGGCUUCCCAAACAACAUUUAUUAAUGAAGACGUAAUCAAUGGUGAAUUAUUAAUUUAUUUCACAUUAUCGAAUUAAUGCAUUUUGGGAAUAGGCAUUUAAUCAUAGAUUGAAGAUGUAGACUCCUUCUAAACCAAUCAUCUACUAGCCAACACUGUGAAGUUCAUCUAUUACGAUUUGCAAGACAUAGCCAUUUUUAUAAUGAAAGAUGUUAAAUCGCUUAUUGAAAACUAAUACGACUCUAAAUAGAAAAAAUUGCAGAUCCUUGAGUUAUAUAAAGAAUGUUAAGUACUUUAAUAAAAGAUGCUUAGUUUUUAUCGAUUUAAUCGCAACUUUUCGCAUUUUUCUUAAAUCAUGCCACCUUUUUCAUUGGUUGUUGAACAACGUUACCUUAAAGACUUACAAAAUAACACAACCAAAAUGCACUCGUAAACCAAUAUGAAUAAAUUGAAUCAAGAACGAGUUAAAUACAAACCUUAGACUACAAAAUAGAGAUAAAUGAUAAAAUUUGAAUUUGCAGAGUAGAAACAACAACCAGAAUCCCCUCACUUUUCAUUUUCAAAUUGA